UAAAAGACUCGUCGUCCAGUCAGUGAAUGUUGUUAUUGUUUAGCAGCAGUGCGGAAGUUGUUACUGGAAUAUGACAUUUACGUAGAUUUGUACCGCUGCUGAUGUGCUCAUACAAACAAAUUAGCCUUAUCGACAGCAAAACGAAACACUUGAAAGUGACCAUUAUGCAUUUAGACCCGUUUUAAAAGUCUUUUAAGCAGUUUGCAAUCUUAGCAUCAUCGGCUAACAUUUGAAUGCAUUUAAUGCUAAUGGCUGUUUAGCGAACAGAAAUUACCAAAUGCUGUCACCAUGCCGUCUUACAAUGAAUGGAAAAAGACCAUUCACUUUUAUUAUUUCGUUAAAUUCUCUCUUAAUGUCUAUUCAAUGCUGUUUUCGUUGCUAGGUCUGUGUGUGCUAUGUAUUGGAGUGUAUGCAGAAGUGGAGAGGCAAAAGAAUCGAACCCUGGAGGGGGUGUUUCUAGCUCCUGCUGUGGUCCUCAUACUGUUGGGACUUGUCAUGUUCACAGUGUCUGUGAUGGGCAUGGUGGGCUCCCUCAGGGACAACAAGACCCUACUGCACAUGUUCCUGUGUGUGCUCUGUGUUCUGCUGGCUCUCCAGGCUCUGGGUCUUAUCAUCGCCCUUAUCUUUGAAAAGACGACAAUCAAGUUGUUCCAGAACAGUAUACGUGAGGGAAUCAAGCAUUACUAUGAUGACCUGGACUUUAAAAACAUAUUGGACUAUGUGCAAGAAAAGUUUUCUUGUUGUGGGGGAGAUGAGUUCAAGGACUGGGAAGUAAACCAGUACCACUUUUGCAACGGUACGGGUGCUUUGGCCUGCGGCGUUCCCUACACCUGCUGCGUCCGUCACAAGGUCGGAGAGGUUGUGAACACACUCUGUGGCUACAAAACUCUCAAUGAGCACCGGGAAACUUUAGAUGGCAUAAUCCAUGUUCGUGGUUGUAUCCAUGCUGUCAACUUAUGGAUGGGUGACAACAUCGGACCUACGAUUGGAAUUUGCUGUGCCGUUGGACUGCCACAGCUAUUGGGGAUACUUCUGAGCUGUAUCUUCUGGAACCUUCUGGUGGAAAUGAGUGAGUCUGUUGACAUGGUGGACUUUAAGUUCCUGAAACGUGCCGGUUUCGACUACAGCAAUCUGGAUCUUUCGGGGGCCGGUUGGUGUAUGUGUCUACCUCGGGAAGGUGGUUAUCUACCUGUACAUGUAGAAGAGCCUGACACGUGGGCUCCAGAUCCCGUUCCUUUCGACCUGGACCAAGAGCAGUCCGAAAUACUUUUCACACAUUUUAAACCGGAAAGCCAAGGAACAGAGACGCUUGUGGGAAUGGAUGAAGUAGACAAUCAUGCCUAAGAACCACAGAAAGCAUUUCAACACGUUUUUUUAUUGUAAUCGUUCGGUAUAUUAGGAUUUCAAAUUCACACUGUGUGUUAAGAUAAAAAAAAAUUAGUUGCACUACAUGUUGGUAAAACUGUCAUGAAACAAAAUGAUGCUAGCUUGAAUAGGUUUGUAUACAAUGAUUAGUCAUAGAGGGAAUCUAAACAGACCUCUUGUAUUUGUUUUAAAAACAUAUCACUUUAAAUGCUGUGUUUGUUUUAUACCAUUUUUAUUAAUUCUGUCUUUUACGAGGUUAAAGGGGUUUGAAUUGUUAUAUAGGCAAUGUUGUUUUUAAUAAUGAAAGGGAACAUAGAAGGGAUUCUAUGAAUUAAUGGUUUGCAAUCAUUUCUGCUAAUUUUUACAUAAUUUAGCGAAAUCAGGGAAGUUUACAGUUGAAGAUGAAGCUGUGCUUUCAUCACGUUGUUUUAAAAUGUUUUGUGUGCUUUUUUAUUAUUUAGUUUCUUUAUUACACUACUGUCACGGACCCUUGAUUUUUUUUUUAUAAAAUAGGGAACAUUUAGGAAUUUUAUGGAUCAUGAUUUUCUUUUAAGAGGGACGUGAGGUGCUAGAAUUCAUUUGUAAUGGUACCUAAAAUGAACUAAAUAAUUAUUUAUUAAAAUGUUGCCUUAAGUAAAACCGUAGCUUUUUCUGGCUAUUAGCCACAGGUGAUUUGCAGGUAAUUUGUUAAACGAAAAGUUAUUCUUUUGGCCUUGUGUUAUAUAUAUGUUUAUUUAUCAUUGACUAAUGCUCAAUUGUUUAUUAAUUGUAAACUGCUGUUUUAUUGUGGAUUUUGUGUUUUGCUUGGUGGUUGAUGGAAAAUGUUUGCCAAGUUUAGGUUGAAGGGUGUCAUAAUUGCAAUUGCUGUUAAUUUAUAAAAGCCACCUUUUAGAUGUAAGUAGUCAUUUUGAAAUACCUCACGUUCAUAC